UGACAUGCAGGCGGAAGCGCAGGGGUUUGACGCUCCAGCUUGUUGCACGCUGGACCGGAAGCUGUGGUGACCUGUGUCGCUGCAGUGUUGCGCUUUCAUGUUUACGGGCGGGAAGAGCGAACGAAGCCGAGAGUGGGAGCUGCUGCGUGGAAGCACUUGUUUUAACUCUUAGCGUGAAUGCUGCUCUGCGCAUUUUAAUGAUUCUCGGAGGACCGGGGCAUCUAGCGGAUACGUUUUAAGUGGUCGCGGGAAACAAACUACAGGGAUUGUUGUCGCUGGAGAGGUCGGGGCAGAUGGAGGACCCUCCUGCAGGUUCUGGCGGCGGCGGCGGCGACAGUGCGGUGGCGGAGGGCCCCGUGGUGCAGGUGGCGGACAUCUGCUGGUCGAGCGCGGCUCUCCCGCUGCGGCUGCUGGAGUGGAAGGUCAAACCCGGGACUCUCAUCAACGUGGACUCCGUGCUGGCUCUGUGCGCCCCCAUAGCCCCGGAGAGGGCGACGGAGGCUGCCAGGCUGCCGGAGAAGAAGGUGAAAUCGGACCGCGCCGGAGUAGUGAGGGAGCUGUGCUGUCAACUUGGGCAAGUCAUCCCCCCCGGGGGUGUCAUUGUCAGAAUAGAAGUAUGCAGCCACCCGAUAGUGAUGAAGGGUUUAUGUGCCGAAUGUGGCCAGGACCUGACACAGCUGCAGGGCACGAAUGGGAACCAACAAACUCCCAUCUCCACAGCAACAGUCUCCAUGGUGCACAGUGUCCCCGAGCUGAUGGUCAGUGCAGAGCAAGCAGAGCAGCUGGGCAGAGAAGACCAGCAGAGGCUCCACCGGAGCAAAAAGCUGGUUCUGAUGGUGGAUCUGGACCAGACCCUGAUCCACACCACUGAACAGCACUGCCAGCAAUUGUCCAAUAAGGGCAUUUACCACUUCCAGCUUGGGCGAGGAGAGCCCAUGCUCCACACACGACUACGCCCGCACUGCAUCGAGUUCCUGGCGAAAAUUGCCAAACUCUAUGAGUUGCACGUCUUCACAUUCGGGAGCCGCCUUUAUGCACACACCAUUGCAGGCUUUCUGGACCCUAAAAAGAAUUUUUUCUCUCAUCGGAUCCUUUCUAGAGACGAAUGCAUCGAUCCCUUCUCCAAGACGGGGAAUCUUAGGAACCUUUUCCCAUGUGGGGAUUCGAUGGUGAGCAUAAUCGAUGACCGAGAGGACGUGUGGAAGUUCGCACCAAACCUCAUCACUGUGAAGAAAUACAUCUACUUCCAAGGCACAGGGGAUAUCAAUGCUCCCCCCGGAUCACGGGAAUCUCAGAUGGCCAGGAAAGGAGGUCCCUCAAGUCGGCCAGCGGAGAGCACAGAAUCAGCAGGGACGCUUGGAACAGAAGAGCAUAAUAAUGGCAUCAGGAAAAGGUCAAAGGACCAGAAUCCGUCUGGAAAGGAUGAGCCCACAGCAUCUCAGUCUUCUCAGGGAGUACCAACAAAUGCACGGACUCACCCCACAGGGGGUGUGGAGGAUGUGUCAGGACAAAGUAAAGAGUCAGUGACUGAGUCAGUGACUGAGUCAGUGACUGAGGCGCUGCCUGAGGCGCUGCCUGAGGCACUGCCUGAGGCAGGGUCGAAAGAAGCUCAGGAAACAGAUAGAACAAAUGUAAAGGAAGAUGACAGCAAGGGGACGCAAGAGGCACAGGAAGGUGCAAACUCCUCAGCACCCAGCCACGACUCCAACAACUUGGACUUUGACCUGUCAAGUGACAGUGACAAUGACUCUAUUACAGACAAACCUCCCUCAUCUGAUGGGGAUAGUGAAGUGAAGUCUUGCCAAACAAAAAAGAAACCAGAACCGGAAGGUGUUACGCAAGAGCCCAGUGAUGGGGAAGAGGCCAAGGUAGACAGUAAAGGCCAGGGAGAAAUAGACAACAGUUCAGAUGUAGCAGAACCUUCAGGAGUUCUUCUUCCAGACCCAGAGCUCGGAAAUGGCUGCUCAGACAGGACAGAGCCAGAAACAGAGUCCCAGAAUAGUGAACAAUCUGGGGUCACCAUGGGGGAGGAACUGCUAGACCAGAGUAUGGAAGACGAGGAGGAAGAAGAAGCAGAUAUUGACCAGGAUGAUCACCUGAUCUACCUGGAGGAAGUGCUAGAAAGGGUUCAUGCUGAGUACUAUGGCCGCUACGAGGCAUUCCUGAGGAAGGACGCCCCGGAAACCCCGGACAUCCGCAAGAUUGUCCCAGAGCUGAAAGGAAAAACACUGGAGGGAACAAUGAUAGUGUUCAGUGGUCUGUACCCGACCAACUACCCCAUGGAGAGGACUCGUGAGUUCUACCAUGCCAAGGCACUGGGGGCCAAAAUUGGCAAGAAUCUGGCUCUCAACUCCGAAGAUCCCAAUCGGACAACACAUCUCAUUGCAGCAAGAGCUGGCACAGAGAAGGUUCGUCGGGCACAGGGCUGCAACCACCUCUAUGUUGUCAAUCCCGACUGGCUGUGGAGCUGUCUGGAGCGCUGGGAGAGGGUGGAGGAGCAGCUGUACCCACUAAAGGAAGACUACUCCAAGAUGCCAAGGAGCAACAGUCCAGCAGCCUUUCCUGACAAUCAGGGCCCCCUGCAGAGGCCUCUUUUCCAGCCAGCUCCCAUCCACCACAGACCUCCACCUCCAGAGCUCGAGGUUCGGAUCUACGAUCCCGUCACGGGGAAGCUGAUCCGCAGGGGCCCUCAGGUGUCACAGCCGCAACCCUACCUCCAGGCUCCAGGGUCAAUGUUGCUCUCUGAUCACCAACAGUCUUGUCUCAGGGGAUCUUCAAAGGAUCAGCAGGAUGACGCAGCGGGGCCCAGCCACGACGACGAGCAGCCUGGGCCGUCUCGUAGAAAACGACAGCCAAGCAUGUCAGAAACUAUGCCUCUAUACACACUUUGCAAGGAGGAUCUAGAGAGCAUGGAUAAAGAGGUGGACGACAUGUUAGGUGAGGAGAGCGACAACGAGAGUGAUGGCCGAGGGAAGGAGAAGCCAGGUAAUGAGGAGGUGGAGGAUGAAGAAGAAGAAGAAGAAGAGGAAGAGGAGGAGCAGCAGCAACAGCAACAGCAGCAGCAGCAGCAGCAGCCAGGAGCUGGACAGAUAGCAGGAGACGGCCAUGAUGCCCAGACGCUGACCCUGGAAGACAGGCUUCAGACGCCGUUCAGUGAGGCCGGUCUGCUGGGUGGUGUGCCAAGGGGCCAGAAACGGAAGCACGAUGAAGGCAAGGACGUGGAGGAGAGUAAGCAAUUUGCUGACGAGUCCUCCAAAGACUCCAACGAAGAAGAGGAAGGCAGCAGCUCUGAGGCAGAUGAGAUGGCCGCUGCACUGGAGGCGGAGCUCAAUGACUUUAUGUGACCGGGAACCUGAACAGACAAAAAAAAACAACCCCAGUCCUCCCUACGAGUGGUACCUAAAAAUUUAUUUUUCUGCUUUGGAUUCAUGUCCACUUAGGAUGUACGAGCCAUGAAUGUGCGCUGUCAUGAAAAUGAAUGUCCUGUACAGAAAUGACAUGUUGCUGUGUAAAUAAGUUGGUUAGUUGGUUUUCUGUUUUUGUAGCAUUGAUAUACAGCCACUUUGGCAUGAAACACUUUGAUGUUAACAUUUUAUUGUAAGAUAACAAACUGUAGGAGACAUAGAAUUUGAUACUUCCUCUGUUUUACCGUUUUCUAUUUCGAGUUUUUAUAUUGGUGAGAAAAAAGGUGAAAUGAGAUUAUAAAUUGUACCUUUCGCUGGUUGUUCAUGCCAAAGAGUUUGGAAUAGGUUUGCCACGGCGUGCAGCUAAACGUUUUACAGUUGUAUUUUUCUUUUUGUCCUCCUCAGCAGUUUGUUCGGGUCGUAAAUGCAACCAGCGGAUCCAGACAUGUGAAUGUGUUCUCUUCCUCCUCAGUGUACAUUUGUUGACAUGGUGGUGAAGGAACUUUCUCUUUUUGUCAUAACCAGACCUUUGAGAGAUUAUCACUGUAAAACCAAAUUCAGCUCAACUCCCAUUAUCAUACAGUCCAGACUGAUACUCCUACCAGGUCUCUGAUUAUUGUGAAAGGUUUUUAUGGAUAAGAUCGUCAAAAAUCAAUCAAUUUUCUCAUCAUUUUCUCACUUUUAGUGUUAUAUAACUAUGCAUUUUGGUUUUUUUGUCUUUCGCCCAGGUUAAGAUUAAGCAAAGCAAAUGGACAGAUGAUUUUGAGGUCUAACUUUUUCUCUAACAGUUCACAGGAUAUAAUACAAGUAGCACACAAUUUUUGGUUUUCUGUCAUUUUUGGGCCUCAAGCUGGUCCAGUUCUCUGAUGACGUCUCACUUAGAAAAUCCACCCUAAUCUGUUUAUCACUCUGUUUGCUCAGAGUCCAGGCCAGUGUUUAUCUCCACAUAUUUCUUUUUGUGAGUUGAAGAGGAUCCAAGGUCAUUUCUCACCAGAAUCACUCCCUUUCAGUUUGGUUAAAUGACGCUAAACACAGUCAGAUGUUUUUAUACAAACCAAUUCAUCAGCCGAAAGAAUAUCCAUUCUAGUAUCCCACAUAGCUACAUAGCACCAGAGGUUAGUGACAAUACAGUUUAUUAUUUGUAAUUUAGCCAAAACAAAAUCGUUAAAUAUGCACUUGAUACAAUUUCUUUCUCCCAUUUGCCUUUUUUAAAUUGUUUACAUCAGGAAGUUAUAAAGUAAAAUUUGAGAAGAGAGCAGGACUCACCAGCAUAUCAUCCCUUUGGUGUCUUAUCCAAUCACAGACCGCCUGAGCGUGACCGCACUUUACCGUCAUCACACGUUACAGGAUUUGUGGGUGAAGAUCAACAACUUCCAUUACUUGUCAUUUUUAGAGAACUAAUUGUAAUGUCGUCCAGUGUAAACCAUAUGUUGUGCCAGGGUUUGCUCACUCUGGCGUUAAUGUUUUUGGCAUCUAUCUGGAGUCAGACCCACAGCACUGAGACCGUGUGGAUCUGUGUCCGCUACAAGUUUUACUCUUUAUUUCUUUUCACUUUCUCUCCCUGACAAACUGUCUCUGUUGAUGUGUUUUUUUUUCAUGAGUUUUGAUCCAAACAACUGACGUGUAACCUAUUUGUAAAUUUCCUACUUGACCCCCGAGAAAGAAAAAAGAUACUUUCAUUAAAUAAAGAUGUUUCUAAGUAACAA